AUGACGAUGUCGAUUCUUUGCAGCAACUACAAUUCGAUGCUAUUGAAUGGAAGCGCGCGAUUCGCGCCCAAAUAUACCCCGUGUUAUAGGCAAUGCAAAAAUCCGAAUCGGCGACCGAAAAGCGGCGACGAGAAUCGCGCGUUCGCUUUGGAAAACGAGCGACGCGUCUAUUCGCGCGACGAAUUCGAAAAGAAAUAUGAGAUACUCGAUUUCGACGGCGAUGGAAAUGUCGUUGUUGAUAGGAGAAAAACGCGAGGCGGCCAACAAUUGGUGCAAUACGCCGAAUUGGUGACGCCAAUGAUCGCGAUUCGACGAAAAGAGAACGCGGGCGACGUCGUCGAUGAGCUUCACGAGCCGAUCGUCGAGCACUAUCCCGUCAAAGACAUCGACGCGCUCGAUGAGCUCGACCGCAACGCGACACUCGACGCGAACUAUCGCGAAUUGUCGUAUGUCGCCGACGGCGCGACAAUCGAAUUGCAAUUGCCGAUGAGAGGCCGAAGCGGCGGUGAAAACGACGUGGUGAUGAUGUCGUUGAGCGAGUUUGGCGACAAAUUUGGUGUGUUGGGGCGUACGCCCGAUGGAAACUAUAUAGUCAGGAACCCUUAUCAUAUUCGAGAGCCGAGAGUUGAGAAAAAUGAAACGCUGAUGUUCGCGAAGAUUGGACAAGUUGUGAUUCCGACGAAUGUCAUCAAUACGACGAAUGGAUAUCUAACUGUCGACGAGAAAUAUCGAGUCGAUUAUCGAUCGAACGCCUCGACAUCGAUUGAACGAUUAUUGGAGCCGGAUUACCGAGAGAGAAAACCGUACGUGAACCCGUUUUUUCACAAGCAGCUACGCGAUCAAAUCGUGCCGUUCAAAUAUGAUGAGAGGGUGAUGCGAAAAUUGCGAGCCGAGAACAAUUGGGAAUACGUUUGUAUGCUUCGAAACGAGAAGGCGACGAUUACGAGCGAUGGGAAAAGCCGCGGAUGCUGGAAAUUUUUGAAGGUCGGCGAAACGAAAUUCGCACAUCCGCCGCAAUAUCUUGACCGCGAAAAUGCGCCGCCGGGCUAUAAUUAUGAAGAAGAGACAUUUGCGGAAGACGCGACUCGGGCAUCGAAAAAAGUGAAACGAUCGAAAUAUCUCGAGGAAAAAGGCGAAUUUGAGCUAUCGAAUGUCGCGAUGAUCGUGUCGGAAGUUGAGAAGCUUCGACUCGUCGAGAUUCCCGACGGCGUCGAUCGUGUCACACUCAAAAAGAUUCAGAUUCCCGCUGGCACCACUCUCACCGUUGAGAAGAAAACGGACAACGAGGCGGAUGAUAGCCAUAUGAUCGUUGGUCCAAAAGCUGAAGAGAAUAUUGAGAAUUUUCCAAUUGCUGCGUGCGCGGAAAUUCGUGCGAAUGAGACAGAAGCGAUCGUGGAGCGACCCAAUGGAUGCCAUUUGGAUGAAGACGUCGGAAAUGAGAUUCAGGAGAACGAUGAUAUUCGACCAUCGACUAGCAGCCAAAUCGACGAGGGCUCGGCGAUUUCCAAGGGAAUUGAUAUAAGAAUUGUGCCAUCGGAAGUGGAUCCUCGAAGAAGAUCCAUGGGCCGAGCAGAAGCAGCACAACUGGAAUUUGGAUCAGUCAGAGAGAUGACGGAGAAGAAGCGAGUAGGUCCAGUAGAAGUGGAAGCGAGAAGCACACAGGAAUCAAGCGAUGCGACGCCGCCAUCGAUUGGAAGAAUCGGCAAACCGAAGCGGUUUGAAAUUCCGGAAUGUGGAAUCGAAGGUGUGCUCGAAACGACUAGAUCAAUCGCUCGAGUGGAUUUCAAGAAUGCGGAAGCGUCUAGCCGAAAAAUGAAGGCGUCAGCCAUGAGUGGCGUCGGAUUGGGAAUCGACGACGUCCUCCUUCCGGCUGUCAAGCCAACGAUGAGUCAAACGCCGUCGACAGUGAUGAACGUGACGACGAGUGCGGAAGCGAGCAGCGACGAUUCGAAUGCCUACAAUCAUGCGCUCGGUUAUAUAAUGGAAGUCGAAGUGCAACAAGAAGUGCAAGAAUCGGCCGAGCCGAGCACCGAUUCGAUCAUGCAAGCGGCGAUGUCGAAUGAGAUUGUUGAAGCGCCGCUGGAGAUCCCGCCGCCACCGCCACCGCCGCCAGUUAAUCGCGAGUCUGAGCAUAAUAAUGUUGAUGCGAUGGAGCGAGUCGGCACGACGACGCGAGCCCAGCGACGAAAGCAGCGAACACUUCAGGCGCAUCAGAAGUAUAAUGUGACAUAUGAGAAAAUUGUGACGACGGCGAGGCUUGAUAGCCGAACAGAGGUGUUCAUCGAUCGAGACGACGUCAAUCCGUUCUUCGAGCAAUUCUCUAUAACGCCACCAGCCGCCGGCACAUUGACGCCACCACCGCCCGAUUAUCAGCACAUGAUGAUUGUCAGUGGUAUGGGCCGGCCGAAGAGUAUGGAAUCGGCGACGAUUGAUGCGAAUCGACGCGCCGAUGAGCCGAAUGCGUCGCAUCGAUCGGAAGCGCGCGAGACAGCAGAAUCUAGGCCGGCGACGAAUCCGACCGAUCGGCAGCAUCGCGUGCGCGCCGUCGAAAUCAAAAUCGAGGAGUUCGAGUUGGCGAAGGCGUCGAACGAGGCGCGGCUGGCGGUCGACGAUGAUCGGAUACUGAGCGCCAACGUCGUCGAAUCGUUUCGUGGUGACGGCGAUGAGUCGGUCGUCGUGCCGAUUCCGAUUCGACCGAAGAAGGCGGCGGUUCGGGCGUCGUCUCCAAAGAAGCCAUUGAUUCGCGAGAAUGAUGCGAAUGCAUCGACGAGCAAUGGCGUUCGGUGCGUCGAAGACGAAUUGCUGAUCGGCAGAGAGAAACCAGUGGAAUUUUGGCUCGCGAUCGAGAAUGGUAAUGAGCCGAUUGAGGACAACAAUAUUGGAUUGAUUGAUGAGCAGGAUCCACUUUUGAGCUUGGCCAUCGAGGAGUCGCUGAAGGAUCAGAGGAGACGCAAUGAGGGAGAAGCGAGUCGAGGCUCAGAACAGCGAGAUGUUGAUGAGCCGGAAGGAAAUCACACGAAUAGUUUGAGUCGAGACUCAGAACAAGGAAAUAUUGAAGAGAACGAAGGAAAUGCCUUAAAUGGUCACAAUCAAGUGAGUCGAGACUCAGAACAACACGAUAUUGAAGAAAACGAAGGAAAUCCGUCGAAUUGUCAGAAUCAUAUGAACGCCGAUGCCCCUGUCGAUCCGUUGAUGCGAGAUGAUGGUCCGAUGGCGGAAUCUGCGCAGAGCCCUGAUAUCGAGGUUGUGUUUGAGGAGAAACUCGACGACUGCAUCGAAUUGGAUGUGGCGUUGUUGUUGCAGCAACGACGUCAAGGAUUUUCGGGCGUCCGAUCGGCUGGCGGCGAUGAGAGGACGGCGAUAAGGCGAUAUUGCAAUGUUCAAUUCUACCGUGAGCCUUCGCCACAAUCUCCAGAAUCUACGUCGAUGUCUGACCGCGACGCGCCGAUCGCUGUUGAGAUGAUUGAAGUUGUUGACGAAGAAGCUCGACGUUCGCAAAAUCUGGAGACACCGGGAAAUGAGCGAAUUGCUGAUCGAGAAGCAACGGUCGAUAGGACAAGUGACGCUGUUGAGGAAGAAGCUCAACCAUCUUGCUGCCGGAAUCUGAAGACACCGGAGCCAGCCUCCGUCGAAUUAGCAGAAUACAUUGAUGACAACAAAGUUGUUGAGGGUGAAGCUCGACGAAAUCAACGAGAACCGGAGCCUGAGCAAAUUGCAGAUGAAGAGGUUUCCGUCGAAUCGAUUGGAGAAGGCGCUUUGCCAAUUGAAGACGAUGAGGAAGAAGCAGGAGCCUGUUCACCUCGGAAUCUGGAGACAUCGAAAGGAAUUGAUGAUCGAGAGCCUUCUGUUGGAUCGAUGGAUAAUGAGAAUCUAGCAACUGACGUUGUUGACGAAGAAGCUCGACGUUUGCAAAAUCUGGAGACACUGGAAAAUGAGCGAAUUGCUGAUCGAGAAGCAACGGUCGAUAGGACAAAUGACGCUGUUGAGGAAGAAGCUCAACCAUCUUGCUGCUGGAAUCUGAAGACACCGGAACCGGAGCCAGAUUCCGUCGAACUAGCAGAAUGCAAUGGUGACGACGAAGUUGUUGAGCGUGAAGCUCGACGAAAUCAACGAGCGCCGGAGCCUGAGCAAAUUCCUGAUGAAGAGGUUUCCGUCGAAUCGAUUGGUGAAGGCGUUUCGCCAAUUAGAGUCAAUGAGGAAGAAGCAGGAGCCUGUUCACCUAGGAAUCUGGAGACAUCGAAAGGAAUUGGUGAUCGAGAGCCUUCUGUUGGAUCGAUGGAUGAUGAGGAUCGAGCAACUGACGCUGUUGAGGAAGAAACUCAACAAUCUCGUUGCCGGAAUCUGAAGACAUCAGAACCGGAGCCAGCUGAACUUGCAGAAUGCAUUGGUGACGACGAAGUUGUUGAGGAUGAAGCUCGACGAUCGCUUGUUGAGGGAGAAGCUGCCGCCGAACAAUCGGAAUUGAUUGACGAUGAGGUUCGGUCAAAUGAAGGUGUUGGGGAGGAAGCAGCUCGAACACCGGAACCUGAGGAAGAUAUUUCCGUCGAAUCGAUUGGUGAAGGCGUUUCGCCAAUUGAAGACGAUGAGGAAGAAGCUGGAGCAUCUGAUGGAAGCGCUCUAUCACAGCCAUCUGAGAUUGCGUGCGACGAAUCGGAAGACGGUGAGAACACGACGAUUCAUGAAGUCGAUGAGAGUCUGGAGCCGGAGACAUUCUCACUCUAUUUCGCCUACCGCCAACGGAAUUCGUUCGAUUUUUCGGAAGCGCUUAAUUUGUUGGGACCGCCGUUCAACAUCAUCCGGCCGUUUCAGAGAGAAAUUCGAAAAAUUCUCGAUGAGAAUUGUGUUGAGCGCGAUCGUCUCGCCGCUUAUUUGAAGAGUCUCAUGGGCAAGGAGAAGUGCUUCUAUUUGACGGACCAUCAACGCGACUUCUAUGAGCCGAUCGCCGACAACAUCAUUUUUUCGAAUGGCGAAUGGAAGUUCGCGUUUCGCGACGAGAUUUUCAGAAAUUACACGAAAGGAUCAUCGUUUGGCACAUUCAAAACGCGAAAUAGCGAUGGUGUUGAGCAGCCGUCGACAUCGCAAUCUGCUCAAACUUCAAUCGAGACGACUGAUAGGGCUUCAUCACGUGCUCAGAAUCCGGCCGCCGAGACGUCAAGCGAUCAUAGGGCGACGUCAUCUGCGCGAGAAUCGACGCUGACAAGCUCGAAAGAUCAGAUAACCCGAGAUAACACGUCUUGCCAUCAAGAGAAUUCUGAAGGGUCCGAUUCGAGUUUAUUGCCGGCACAGAGGCGAUUGCGAUCGGUUGGCCGACCGGAAACCUCCAACAACAGAACAGAAUUCAAAUUGCGAUCGACGGGACACGUUGCCACACCGCCGCCGCUUCGUUUGCGAAUGAAUCGACCGAAGAAGAAGGAAUCACCCACUCGUUCACCAAUAGCGCCAACGACGACACCACAACGAAUGUUGGCGAUUGUUGAAAAUGCGGACGUGUCGCCAUUGAGAUCGAGACGAAACGCCGAUCGCACCGUCGAGUUGGAUCGCGAAUCGACGCCUAGGAAGCGGACGCGAUCGGCGAUGCUGGAAGCGGCGAGCAAUGAACAGAGUGCCGCGACUUCGACUCCUAGAAAGCGAACGCGACCAAUGAUUAGGGGUACAGAAGAGGGCGAGGCGUCUUCGAAUGUCGCUCGCCAAUCAUCGGUGUUGGCUUAUCGAUAUGUGCCGAUUGAUGAGUCGGUUCAAGAUCGUCGGAGGGAUGAGACGCCUUCGACAGAUCUGUCAGCGGAUCCAUCGAAUUCGACACUAGCGCCAUCAUCGCUUCCUCCUGAUGACGAUGAUCCUCCUCCUCAAGUACCACAGACGAGGCGAUCGCGAUCGACGGAACGCGACGAGAGUGUGACGCCAUCGAGGAGGCGAACGAGAUCGUCCACGCAGGUUUACCAUAAGACGGCGUCAUCGUCGUCGUCGUCUUCAUCCUCAUCUUCUCGCGCUCCACCUUCACCGUCAUCGCGCCGUCGUGCGAGAUGGAGAAAUCGCGAUUCGGCGUCAAUCACGCCGCCGGCAAUGACAUGGUCGAGCAAUUCCGAAAUGGUUUCGACGACACCCUCGCGACCGCCACUUCCGCCGGCCUAUGAUCCGGCGUAUGCUUAUCGCACUCCGCCGAUCAAUGAUCCUAUUCACGAUCGUCCAUUAUCGAGAAUCGAGACUCCAUCGCCGGAUCUGUCGCCAACGAGACGAACACGAUCAUCACAUGAUGCGGUCUCGACACCAUCGCGACCGCCUCUUCCGCCGGCCUAUGAUCCGGCGUAUGCAUCUCGUGCUCCGCCGAUUGAUGAUCCACCGCCGACGUCGCCAAUUUCUCGGCCAAUUGCGCCAACGACGCCAAUUAGAUGGACGAGACACGUUGAAAUGGUUCGUGCGCACGAUUUUUUUUUUAAUUUUCUGACAAGACGACUCGUGAUUUUCAGAUUCGGACGACGACGCGACGAUCCGCUGAAAGCGCUGAACACAAUCGAGAAUCGGUUAGUUGGAAUCCGAGAAGCGGGGUGGAGUCAUGAUGACUAUGCUCAGAGGAAGUUUUUUGUAGGGACCAUCUCAGUCGACCACUCGACCAACUCCGAGGAAGCGAGCGCGAUCGAUGGAUGCGAAAGAGAAGGCGUCAUCGACGUCGUCGAUUGUCGAGAUGCCACCGGCGAGGCGAACACGAUCGCGUUCAAGAUCGGCGAUUCGAUUGGCCGAUGA